CCUCAAUACGAAAGGUUUUACUAGUAAUUUUUUCAUACUCCUCUACUUCAGGGUACUGUACGUACCGGUCGUGCAUGCAUGCAGGUGCUUUCGAAUAAUCUACGACACUUUGGUACCGUAGGUUUGCACAUUUUUCACUUUGAUUUUGAUCCUGAUGCUGAUGAGUCUGCGAAAAUCGCAAACAAAAAACCCUUAGCCGCGACGAUACCUGAUAGUACCGGACAAGCUUCGAUUGGGACGCCCUUCAUUUCGACUCGUACCCAUAUGAUCUUGAUGUUCCGUACUGGUAACGUGAGAAGAAUAUUUACUGUAACAAAACAUCAAAGAUGGUGCUGUACAUGCUUUUCAUGAAGGCCGAGACGGAAAACAUCGGUGAAAUCCAGCUCCGAACCGAAGACGUCAGUCUUCGGAUCGACGUCCGAAAUUCUCUCUCUGACUGGGAGAAGAGGGAAAAGGUGGUGUUCAACCCUAGCGAGACCGAGGAACCGGAUGAUGAAUCUUCGAGAGAACCACCUCGCCAUCUCUCGAUCCGGUGGGAGGGGUCGAAAAAGGCCUCCGUUCUCCGGUGCCUCGAGGCCAAGGAAACAGCUACCGCGCUGAAAAAGAAGAAAUACAAGGACGGGGGACCGAGGGCAUUUACGGGAGAGGACGACACCGACAACUGGGUGCCACUCCUGGCGCUUGAAUGCAGGGGAUUGGAGCCCUAUGCCUUUCACCCGAUGAAGGACGAAUUUAUCAUCACCAGCGAGCAAGGAUACGUCUUUGAUGAAGAAAUUGAAUUCGAAGACGGGGAAUGGGCCGAUUACGAUGCGGAAAAUGACUGUCCCGUAUCCAUAUCCUCGCUUGAGUUCAAAUUCGAAGCGGUGUGACGUAACAAGAGAAUGCUUGGUGGUGGAGUUUCUUCCAGUUCUUUUAAUUCUGAGGGAAAAGUMCAUCCAAAACUGGAGCACAAGUACUUCUACUUGUUUUCUGUUCAACGAUCAUUCUUGUUCGUGUGGUCAGUUUACACAGGGGAUUAAUUUCCCGUGCUCUAUCAACCUAGCGGUCACCAUUCAUUUUUCGAACACUACAUAGCACAGGCCAACUUGAAUGUAAUUAAUCGCUCAUUUGAUA